AUGUAUUUCUUCUUCGCGCUCGUUCUGUUUCUUGCAGUAUCGGCCGUCGGCUUAUACCUGACGCGAUCCCGCUGGCUUCACAUCAUCCAGGAGCUUCAGCUUCCAGGCGCCAACUAUCUUUAUUCUCGCCUCCCAACCAGCUUCGCGGACGACAUCGAAGCAGGACUCUCCAGCAGCACAUUCGAUCUUUCAGGAAACGUUGAAGGCGGUGACAGUCGAGCAGGUCUCGACGAUGCCAGCAAGCGAGAGGUGCUAAAGAUCAUGAAGAAGCGCCGCAUGACAUUCGACCAGGCUCGCAAGGUCUUCAUGGAGAGCAGAUUCAAGGCCAACAAUAUUGGACCCGACGGUCGCCCAAGAGACCCGAAAUUCGUCAGCUUUUCAUAG